AUGAAGGCAGCUGUCCAGGCCGCCUUCGGCUGGACGCUUGUCCUCCUGUCGUCACCCCUGUGCGAGGCCAGCCACAACCACAACCACCGUCGUCUCCACGAGGGACACCUUGAGCGCAAGCAUACACACCUGCAUGAGCGCGAUCUCAAACUUGCUCCCACCUCUGACAUUGCCAAGAGAGGUACAACCUGCGCCUUCCCUGGCGAUGCCGACCCCAACCUGGUGGCUAUCACGCCAGACGCCGACAAUGCGGGCUGGGCCAUGAGCCCCGAUCAGUCUUGUGUUGCGGACAGCUAUUGCCCCUACGCAUGCAAACCUGGCUAUGUCAUGGCGCAGUGGGAGAAGGGCUCCACCGUCAGCUAUCCGUCUUCGAUGAACGGUGGCCUGUACUGCGACAAGAAUGGUGAGCUGGAGAAGCCAUUCGACGACAAGCCAUACUGCGUCAAGGGUACUGGUGCCGUAAAGGCCGUCAACAAGGCUGGUGGCGAUGUCUCCUUCUGCCAGACAGUCUUUCCUGGCAACGAGGCCAUGAUCAUCCCCACCCUCGUCAAGGACGCUGUCACCAUUGCCGUCCCAGACAAUGACUAUUGGUGUGAGACUUCAGCUCACUACUACGUCAACCCCCCCGGUACCGGCACCGAGGGCUGUAUCUGGGGCGAAUCCUCGAAAGCCAUUGGCAACUGGUCUCCCUACGUGGCUGGUGCCAAAACCGACGCCACCGGCAGCACCUUUCUCACGCUUAGUUGGAACCCCGAGUGGCAGAAGAUCUCGGCGCUGAGCAGCCAGCCAGUUGAUUACAAGCUGGAAGUUGAGUGCGAUGGUGACUGUGUCGGCACGCCUUGCGGCAUUGACCCCUCCAAGGGCAAUGGUGACGUCCAGAGCUCCAACGCCGGUACUGGCGACGCCGGCAACAACUUCUGCGUUGUUACCGUCCCCAAGGGGAGCACUGCCAGCAUCGUUGUCAAGUCCUUGGACGGCUCGAGCAGCGGUGGAAGCAAGGACGACGAUGACGAGGAGGAAGAAGAAGAAGAGGAGGAGGAGGAGGAAGAGCCUACGACGUCUUCAGCUGUUCCCUCUACAACUUCACAGGAACCUACGACUUCUGAGGAGCCCACCACUUCGUCCACCACCUCAACGACCGUGGAGUCGACCACUGAGUUAUCGACAUCAACUACUUAUGAGGAGACUACCACCUCUUUCUCCUCCUCCUUCUCCUCCUCCUCCCCCUCCUCCUCCUCGACGCCUACUCUGUCCUCCACCGAAACUACCUCGACAAGCACCAAGAGAAAGAAGAUGACCGCCAAGCCCGGUAUCUUCCAGGAGUUGCACAACUCGACCUCCACCAUGACAAGCGGCUCGCAUAGCGCCACGCUCACCACUGGUCCCGACUCAGAAGCCACCGGCGACGCCGCGAGUGAUUCCGAGGAUGAGGACGACUUUGCCAUGGCCCGUAAGGGCGACCCGGCCAUGGCCGGUCUGGUCGUCGCCUUUGUCGUUGCCCUGUACUUCUUCUGA